AGCGAGAAGCCGCAGAGCCAGGAGAGUUUCUGGACAUCACGCCUCUGCGCUUCUUAGGAGAGCCGCAGGGUUCAGACUUUCUAUCACUCAUCCCAGCUCGCUGCCUGCGAGCAGUUCGCGAGCUUCUUGCAGGAUGACUGCGUGGGACGGGGUGCUCCCCUUUUACCCCCAGCCCAGGCAUGCCGCCGGCUUCAGCGUACCGCUGAUCAUUGUUAUCGUGGUAUUCUUGUCCUUGGCUGCUAGUUUCCUGUUCAUUUUGCCUGGAAUCCGUGGGCACUCGCGCUGGUUCUGGUUGGUGAGAGUUCUUCUUAGCCUGUUCAUAGGUGCAGAAAUUGUGGCCGUGCACUUCAGUGGAGACUGGUUCGUGGGGAGAGUGUGGACCAAUACAUCUUACAAAGCCUUCAGUGCAUCCCGUGUUCACGUUCAUGUUGCUCUGCACGUGGGGCUGGUGGGCGUUAAUAUUACACUCAAAGGAACACCAACGCAGCAGCUGAACGAGACCAUUGACUACAACGAGCGUUUCACUUGGCGUCUGGACGAAGACUACACCAAAGAGUACGUCCGUGCCCUGGAGAAGGGACUGCCAGACCCAGUGUUAUACCUGGCAGAGAAGUUCACACCGAGCAGUCCUUGCGGGCUGUACCACCAAUAUCACCUGGCGGGUCACUAUGCCGCGGCAACACUGUGGGUGGCGUUCUGCUUCUGGAUCAUUGCCAAUGCGCUGCUCUCCAUGCCCGCCCCGCUCUACGGAGGCCUGGCUCUGCUCACUACCAGUGCCUUCACGCUCUUCGCCGUCUUCGCCUUCGCCUCCAUCUCCAGCGUGCCGCUCUGCCACUUCCGCCUGGGCUCUGGCGUCCUCAAGCCUCACUACGGCGCCUCCUUCUGGGUCACGCUGGCCACCGGCAUCCUGAGCCUCCUCCUCGGAGGGGCGGUGGUGAUUCUCCACUACACUCGGCCCAGCGCCCUUCGCACGUUUCUGGAUCAAAGUGUCAAAGACUGUAGCGAUCAGGCUAAAGGAAACUCACCUCUCAUCCUCAACAACCCGCAUCACGAACAGUUUAGGACUCCAGACUUAAAUAUUACGACUAUUCUGUGAAAAGAACUAACUACGGCUUCCUAUCCUCCCUUGGGAUCCCACAGACCAGAAGACGGUGUUAAGAGCGCUGUGCCAGGAGCACAGCUGAGUCUAGAGGACUGCGUGGCCAUGCGGGAGGACAAGGGGGCACCCCGGGUGUACCUUUGCUCUAGAGAAUGGAUUUCUCAGGAGAACUGUAAAUAAACUUUUUUUGUUUUGUUUUUC